AUGGAGUUGUUCAGUUUGGAAGCGAAUCUAAGACCUCGGUGUUUAGUUUACUUCGGGUUCGAGUCCCGCGAAGGCCUUCAAAAUGGCGUGAGACACCCGGAAGCUUCGUUACAGAUUUCGUGGAGGAUGGAGGCCCCUAAAUUGAAGUUAGUUCUUGUGGCUGUGGUCUAUUUGAGUCUGUUCCUGGAUAACGUCCUCCUGACCGUCGUCGUGCCGAUAAUUCCCGACUACCUCUGCAGUAUCGGCGAAAAUUCGACGGACGAAAAUGGCCGCGUUGGACUUCUUUUGAGCUCAAAGGCGCUGGUCCAACUUCUGCUAAACCCUUUUAUCGGCAGCGUCACUUCUACUGUCGGGUACUUCAAGCCCCUCUUUAUCGGCAACCUUUGCCUGAUCCUCGCCGCCGUUUUGUUUGCAUUUGGACGGUCUUAUGAGUUUCUGUUCCUGGCCCGAAGCAUCCAGGGAGUUUCUUCCGCCUGUAUUGGAGUCUCCGGAAUGUCCAUGGUGGCAGCACAGUACGCGGAUGAAGGAGAACGUUCGAAGGUCAUGGGCUUCGUUCUGGGCAGCAUUGCUCUGGGAGUCCUUGUUGGGUACCCCAUUGGAUCUAUUCUUUAUGAUAUCGAAGGCAAGAUGGCGCCAUUCUUGCUAAUUUCUUCUCUGAUCUUGAUUCCGCUAAGCCUUCAGAUUUUCCUGUGGGACACAGAAACGAAUUCCAAGAUCCAGAAGACCGAGUCAAAUACCAGUUGGAUAAAACUGCUCCUCCAGGGCAAGAUUCUGAUCAUAGCCGGUGCCAUUUUGUGCUCAACAUCUCCGAUGGCCAUCUUGGAGCCGUGUUUGCCGAUUUGGCUGCAAACUAACAUCAAGCCCAAGAAGUGGCAGCUGGGCAUGGUCUUCAUCCCGGACAGUGUUGGAUACCUUUUAGGGACAAACUGCUUCGGAAUGACCGCUUAUCGGUAUGGAAGAUGCAAAACAGCUGUCUUAGCGAUGGCGCUUGUUGGUAUCAGCGUGAUCUUAUUACCGACUGCGAGUACUAUGGGGCAGCUGGUUAUCCCGCAUUUGGGCAUGGGGUUGGGUAUCGGCAUAGCAGAUGCUGCCUUGGUACCACUGCUGGCUAGUCUCGUCGAUCAGGAUGGAAACUACGGGCCUGUUUAUUCAAUUCAGCAGGUUGCGGUCAGUCUUGCGUAUUCUUUAGGGCCAAUUGUCGGUAGUGAGCUCGUCAGGAUGAUCGGCUUCCAGUGGGUAAUGAGGAUAGUCGGGCUGAUAAAUCUAGCGUACUGCCCACUGCUGAUCUACCUUGCCAUCACGAGGAAACACACUUUGCUGGGUCAAGAUGUAAAAGAGUAUAGUUCCAUCAACAAAACUAGCCACGACUACGAGAGGUUUCAGGAUGAUGAUGAUCUAUGA